AUGUCAAAUAAAGAUAUAUCUCGGUCCCUGCGGCCAACGCAGCCAUACACCAUCUUCACACUCAAUCAAAAACGCUUCUUUACCUACCUGCUUGGAUAUCUUACACUCGCGUCCUCUUUGACAGCGACAAUUUACUUCCCACUAAUAGAUCUAUUGAGCAACCAGUACCAUGUCUCCACCCAGCUCAUCAACCUCACCAUAACAUUUUACGUGAUCUUCCAAGCAAUCUCGCCCGCCUUUUGGGCCCCGCUUUCUGAUACCCUAGGUCGCCGUCCAGUCUUUCUAAUGACAUUCUCCAUAUAUACCUGUGCCAGCCUCGGGCUCGCCCUCAACAAAUCUCAUUAUGUCGCCUUGCUUUUAUUGCGCGGGCUCCAAAGCAUUGGGGGAUCAGCCGUGAUGUCGCUCGGCUACGCCGUUGUCGCGGACAUCUCGCCUCAUUCGGAACGUGGCAAAAUUCUAGGUCCUAUGCUUACAUCGACAAAUCUAGGUCCAUGCGUUGGACCUGUCAUCGCUGGUGGCGCUAUCUUAGCCUCGGGCGAUGCCAUGUGGUGCUUUUGGGCUUUGCUUAUCUUUGGAGGUACUUCUCUCCUAUUGAUUGGAUGGGCAUUACCUGAGACCGCAAGGACAGUCGUUGGUAAUGGCGCUGUGUAUCCACGGGCUAUCUGGAGGACGUGGUGGAGCAUACUCAGCCAGAAAAGAGCCAAGUUGAAUAUUGGCAUUCAUAUACUGAAUAACGACCCCACGACACAAGAACAGCAAGGUGAACUGGCCGAUAUCAACACCAACAGGACAGGAAAGGGCAAAUGGAUCAUACCGAACCCAUUCGAUUCUCUCAAAAUCAUAUUCCACUAUGACAUCUUCUUAAUCCUAUGGAUUGCCGCAUCGCCCUACGCAGUAUGGUACUGUAUUCAGACAUCCAUUCCAAUAAUCUUCGGGAAUAGCUACGGGUUCAACGACCUAUUUGUUGGCCUCUGCUUUCUUCCUGGGGGGGUUGGAGUCAUUCUCGCGGGACUUGUCACGGGAAGACUCAUGGAUUGGAAUUACAAACAUACCGCACGAGAGAUCGGACACGAGGCUGAAAGCGACGUACUUGAUCGAAGCCAGUUCCCAUUUGAAAAGGCUCGAUCUCGCGGCUCUUUCAGCAUCCUCGCGGUUUCUAUUGCUCUCUUGAUUGGCUAUGGAUGGGCUGUUCAGCUUCAUGUCCACCCCAGCAUUCCGUUGAUAUUGCAAGUUUUGAUUGGUGGAAAAUGUACGGUUCUGUUGCAGCUUUUCAGUGCCUUAUUGGUUGAUAUCUUCCCACAACGUCCUGGCGCAGCAGCUGCUGCAAAUAAUAUUACACGAUGUGCUCUCUCCGCAGCUGCCGUUGCGGCCCUUCAGCCAUUGGUCGAGGUGAUUGGGUACUCCUGGCUUUUUACGCUCAUUGCCCUCGUGGAUGGUGGUACAAGCUUACUUGCUGUUUGGACCCUUCGAAAAUGGGGAUCUGUAUGGAGACAAAGCAGAAAUUCGGACUCUUAUGACUGA